AUGGGAAAGACCUCUGGGGGGCGCCCCGACACCGGUGUCAGAGCGCAGAGGUUCCAUAAUAGAAGAGAGUCGGGCGUAGCUUGGGGCCGCCGCAGCCGCACGGGCGGGGCGGGCAGCGGCGCGGGCACCCGCGCGGGGCUCACCGCCGCCACCGCGGCCGGAGCCUGGCGCCGGCGCGAGCGCACCGCGCAGCCGCGCAGACCCAUGGAGAUCCUAACUAGCAUUUACGCUUUGCUGUCAGGAGGGCAAGGAGUGAACCCGAAAAUCGACUCUGUGGCCUUUCGCCUGCACUGCGGAGCGACAACCGCUGCGCUACUGGCCGCCAGCGCGGCUUUGACCACGCGCCAUCUCGUGGGCAACCCGAUAGACUGCAUUCACACGAGGGAUAUACCAGAAGACGUCCUGAACACCUACUGCUGGAUCCACUCGACCUUCACCCUCGUUAGUUUUAACUGCAAGUGUGUCAGACGGUCACUGGAAUGUAUACGUCGGCUGUGUAGCACCGCGGACGUUAUUGCGUUGCAAGAGACAUGGUUGCUGCCUGAGGAUAUUGCUUUCCUUGAUACCAUAGAUGAGGCAUUUUCUUUCACCGGAAAGUCAGCUGUAGACAUGUCUGCAGGGAUAUUAAAGGGAAGACCGUACGGGGGUGUCGCCCUGCUCUGGAGAAAAGCAGCUUUUCCGUCGGUUUCGGUUGUGCAGUGUAGAAGUGAUCGUAUAAGUGCGAUAAAAAUAAUGAAUAACAAUCGGUCAAUAUUGAUAUUUUCAGUUUAUAUGCCUACGGAUUCAAAGGAUAAUCUUCCGGAAUUUACAGACUGUUUGGGUGAAAUUUAUUCUAUUAUUGAAAGUUAUAACAUAGAAUCCGCUUAUGUACUUGGUGACUUUAACUGGUCUGAUGUUAUUCGUAAGAUGACUAGGGGAAAGUCUCCGGGUCACGAUGGUCUCAGCAUUGAGCACCUAAAAUAUGCCGGAGUUCAUCUGCCAAGGGUGCUUGCCUUAUUUUUUAACUUUUGUCUUUCACAUAGUUACCUGCCCGAGGAUCUCAUGCGUACACUGGUUGUCCCAAUAGUCAAAAACAAAACUGGCGAUGUUUCGGACCUGUCAAAUUACAGGCCUAUUUCUCUAGCCACCAUUGUGGCUAAAGUACUGGACAGUUUGCUUGAUAAACAGCUGGAGAAAAAUAUUAAAUUACACGAUGCACAGUUCGGCUUUAGGCCGAAGUUAUCAACAGAGAGUGCUAUCCUUUGUCUCAAGCAGACUGUCCACUAUUAUACGGCUAGGAACACGCCAGUGUAUGCAUGUUAUCUAGAUUUCUCAAAGGCGUUCGACCUGGUGAAUUAUGAGGUGCUGUGGGGAAAACUUGAUGGGCUUCCUUCAGAAGUAACCUGUUUGCUUAAAUACUGGUACAGUAAUCAGCAGAAUACUGUAAGAUGGGCAGGCACUUUUUCUGAUGAGUACAGGUUGCAGUGCGAUGUGAGACAGGGCGGACUAAGCUCUCCGCGGCUCUUCAACCUGUACAUUAAUAGUUUGAUUGGGGAACUCACCAGCACCGGUCUCGGUUGCUCCAUAGAUGGCACUUGCAUCAAUAAUAUAAGUUAUGCUGAUGACAUGGUGCUGCUGAGUCCCUCGGUUGGUGCCUUGAGACGCAUGUUGUCUAUUUGUGAGCGAUACGCGUUGACCCAUGGACUCAGAUAUAACGCCAAAAAGAGUGAGUUUAUGGUGUUCAAAGCCGGUUCUAAACAGUACAAAGCUCCAGCUGUCACUCUUUGCGGCACUCCACUUCAUCAAGUGAGCAGUUUUAAGUAUCUGGGUCACUGGAUCACCGAGACCAUGUCAGACGAUGUGGACAUCGAGAGGGAACGGAGGGCGCUGUCCGUUCGCUGCAAUAUGCUUGCUCAUGCGCGGAGGGCGUAUGGCGCGCUCCGUGUCCAGUACAACAACGGGUUCAGGGCGAUGUUGGGGUUGCCGCGGUGGUGCAGCGCAUCCGCCAUGUUCGCGGAGGCACACACGCAGGACUUUUUCGCUGUGAUACGCGCGCGCUGCGCCUCGCUACUCAACCGCCUCCGCCGCUCCACCAACACCAUCCUGAUCACGUUGUCUGAGCGUUGGGACUCACCUUUUCUGCAGACAUGGACGAUGUAUCACACACUUCGGAAUAAGAGGUGA